GCGGCUGGGAAAAUCACGGUGCAAACAAACCCCCCCCUAAAAAGAAAAAAAAGAAAAAAAGAAAAAAAAGAAGCAACCAAGCAACCAUGCUGCGCCGCGCACCAACCGUCAUAUCCAUCACGGCCGAGGACGUCGCCGCCUACGAGGACCGGCAGGAACGCGCCCGUAUGGCCGCCGCCGCCGCCUCGUCGGCCGCCCCGCGCCAGGUCCUGGGCGGCGGCGCCCGCACCGUCCUCAAGGCGACGCCCCAACAGCAGCAGCAGCAGCAACAGCAGCAACAGCAGCAGGAACACCACUCCUCCCACCCUCAACACCACCAACACCAACACCAGUACCAAAACACCCCACCCCCGGCCGCCGCCCGCCUGAUGGCCCCGCGCCAGCGCCAGCAGCUAUCGCCCAGCUCGCGCGACCCGCCAGGGUACGGCGGCGGCGGGUAUGACGAUGAUGACGACGACGACGACGACGAAGAAGAUGAAGACGAGGACGGCAACGACGGCUCCCUCGCCGCCGCCGCCGCCCUGCGCCGUCAUCACCACCAGCACCACCAGCACCAACUCCGCCAACAGCAGCAGCAGCAGCAGCAGCAGCAACAACAACAACACCGGCGCCAGCAGAGCCGGGAGCAGUUCUCGUCCGACGAGGACAUGGAUGACGUCGUCGACGACCCCCACCAACCCCAGCCCCAUCCCCAACCGCACGAGGAGGAAACCCGCCACUCGGCCCGCCAGCAGAUGGCCCGUUACCAGAGGGCCCAGCUCGAGCGCGAGCGCAUGCUGCGCCAGCAGCAGCGCCAGCAGCAACGCGCCGCCGCCGCCGCCGCCGCCGCCGCCAUGGACGGUGGUGGCGGCGGUGGCGGUGGCGGUGGUAUUGGUGCCACCACGCCGACGCCGUCGUACCAGCCAGCAAGGGGCCAGGCGGCGGCGGCGCCCGAGGCCGACGAAGGGCCCAGCAGGCGCGGCGGGAGCGCCGCCCCUGGAGAGGCGCCGCCGGCCGCCCCUAGCCGGGUCACGCGGAGCCGAGAGGAGAGGAUAGGCGUCGCGGCGUCUCGGAGGCGCUGAGCCUUCCUUGGUUGGGCGGAUGCGGGGGAAGAUGCGUCGUUUGGUGGUUUAUGGGGAAGGGUCCCUGACCUCUCUCCGUCUUGGUUUACUUUGCAUGUCGACAUGUGUGUCGAUGGGAGACACCGUGAUAGCUUUGACGUAAUGACUGGAUAACUACCUACCCGGCACAUAGUGGCCACGACUCCUUCAAUGAUGGCUUGGAUGGUAAAUGGCAUCGGCGUUGUUCUCAUAUUACGGACAUACAGGUAGUACAUGGUAGUUGUGAUUGGUAUGUACAAGCAGGAGGGUAAUGGUAAAAUAAUGAUGUUGAGAACUCAGGGCACCGUCAAAUUUGGGCAUGUCGUUCUCCUUUCUGGUGCCUCGAAAGAAA